AUGUACGUGUCCUCGUCAUUCGCCCGACAGUCAGUAUUAGCCGCAUAUCCGCCGCUUUCUCCGCGUGCUUCCCGCUUCCCUCUUCCCCUGCUCUGUUUCCCCUAUAUCGCCAGACUUUACCCUCGUUUCCUCCUUUUUUCCCUUUAUCCCAUACCCGGCCUUGUUCCCCUCCAGUCGCUCCUCCGCACCACUUUCCCCCUCCAUCCCAUCUCCCAUCCCCCCUCCAUUCCCUCCUCCACCCCCAUCACACGAGCUGCAGCUUUCCAGGUUUCCAUUCCCCCCCUCUAUCCGUCCAUCCGUCCGUCCGUCUGUGCUUGCUCUCCCUCCUGCAGGUACAAGCGGCCAGUGGCGUGUGCGGGGCUGGCAGCGCUGGUGCGGCUGUGGCAGGAACUGAAAAAGUGCAACGCGGCGCUGCGAGUGCACAAGGACAGCUGGCGCCUACACACCGGCCGAUUCCUGCUGCAGCUAGCCCUGUGGGUUGUCGCAUUCUGCUUCAGAGUUGUGCCGGCUCUCUCACUCGCCCUCAGCCUUUCCCUCUUUGUUAUCCUGUUGCACAGCUCACUACGCCACCCACCGCCCCUGCAGCCCCAGCGUCAACUGAGCCGCAGUGCCAGCAGCAGGCAGCGACAAGGAUCGCAGGCGAGAUGA